AUGUCCUCAGGUUUCGUUUCCAGCGGAACCACCGACGCCCCCAUAGAGCGUGACGAUGAAUGGCUAAAAGCUCAACAAGAGAUCGAAGCUAACCGUCGUCGCAAAGAGGAAGAAAGCAGGCACGAGGGUGGGAAGACUCUGUACGACGUGUUGCAGGGGAAUAAGGCCGCCAAAGAAGAAGCCUUCCAAGAGUCCAUCAAGCUCAGAAACCAGUUCCGCAACUUGGAUGAAGACGAAGUCGAGUUUCUGGAUUCAGUGCUCGAGUCUACAAGGAAGAGAGAGGAGGAGGUCAAGAAGGAGACCAGCGAGCAGCUAGACCUAUUCAGGAGACAGCAGGAGGAAAAAGAUAGAGAACUACUAGAGGGCGGAGAGGAGGUUGAUGGAAAGGCUGGCAGUCCUACGGCCGGGGAAUCACAGUCAGCGUGGGCUGUGAAUGCGAGGAAACGAAAGAGGACAAAGGAGAACGAUAGGGCAGGGUUGAAGGGCUUGAAGCUACGGAAGAGCUCAUCUACGGGCGAGACACCUGUUGGGCUGAGGAAAGCCUCAUCCACAGGCGAAACUCUGGCCGUUUCGAGGACGGAAGCGGGCUAUAGAGAACCUGUAGAGCCCCAGGGUACUGCUCCUGAGACCGCGUCGACGGAGAAAGCCAGUUUUGGAGUCUCCGCAUCACCUCCACCUCCUCCUCCACCAGAAACCAUCACUACAAAGGUUUCUCCUAAGCAAGAGAAUAGCGUGAGUCCUAAGCCACCAGGUACUCUAGGUCUAGGUCUGGCAGGCUAUAGCUCCGACGAAGACGAUUGA